ACCUUGAAGGACACCUCAUGUACAGAACUAACUGUAGUAGCUACCUCCACAAGCUCUUUUCUUGGUGUGCUUUCAUGGCUUUGCUCUCUAGGAUGAAGAAUGUCAGGAAGUUACAUUUUUCACUGCUUCUCGUAUUAGUGCAUGUUUGCUUUGUUGCAACACAAGCAGACUAUGCCCCAUUUUUCUACGAUAAUGGGCCCUACAGUAGCAACGGAAACCUGGCACUCUUCAGUCUGUCAGAGGAUACUCCUGUCGGUACACAGAUCUAUGCUCUCAAUGGCACCGACCCGGAAGGCCAAGAGGUGAGGUAUGGGUUGAGCUUUGAACCCGGUGCCAAAGAAUACUUCAGAGUGGAGUCCAAGUCUGGAAACAUAACUCUGGUGGAACAACUGGACAGAGAGAUUUUAGAUUCUAUUGAAGUUCUUGUCAGUAUCACAGAUGGCCAAAGUAAGGUUACUGAAAAGGUCACAGUGUUUGUCAUGGAUGCCAAUGAUGAACGACCAGUGUUCAAAAACCUGCCUUCCUUUUUGGAUGUUCCAGAGAACUCUGAAUGUGGGAGCAGUAUCUACAAAGUGCUGGCUGUGGAUCGGGAUACAGGCUCUGGAGGCUCGAUCACCUUCUAUCUACAGACUAAUGGUCAAUCCAGUAAAUUUGCCAUAGACCGACACAGUGGUGUGCUGAGGAUCAAGCCCGGGGAGACGCUGGACUAUGAGAGGUCGACAACACACUUCAUCACAGUGGUGGCCAAGGAUGGUGGUGGAAAUUAUAAUGGGAAAGAACAGGUGAUGUCAUCCUCUGCCACCUUGACAAUCAACGUGAUUGACACCCAGGACACGCCCCCUAGCUUUGUCGGGACACCAUAUUUCGGAUACGUUUAUGAAGUGUCCGUACCAGGUUCGGAAAUAUUCACAGUUUUCGCCAAAGAUGGAGACCUUGGAAUGCCCAAACCAAUCCAUUAUUCCCUUGAGAAUGGUACAGAUGGUGUUUUUAGCAUCAACAAAACAAGUGGUGUGAUCAGUCUGCUGACUUACCCUAUCUUUCUGAAGAGGGAAACUUUCAACAUGAAAGUCAAGGCCUCUGAGGUCAGCCCUGAGGGGAACCUUAUGGACUAUGGGGUCACCACGGUCGUUAUCCGGGUGGUAGACCUAAACAACCACCCCCCCACCUUCUAUGGGGAGAAUGGACCGCAGAACAUGUUUGAGAUGACCAUGUACGAACACCCUCCGGAGGGAGAGAUUAUCCGUGGUCUGAAGAUCACGGUCAAUGAUUCUGAUCAGGGGUCCAAUGCUAAAUUCAACCUCAUACUUGUUGGUCCUGGGCGGAUGUUACGGGUGGUUCCCCAGACUGUGCUCAAUGAGGCCCACGUGACCAUCUUAGUGGAGGACUCUGCUGCCAUGGACUAUGAGAAAUUCCAUUUCCUCACCUUCAAGCUUCUUGCUGUGGAGAUGGACACACCAGAAAGAUUCAGCGCCACAGCAGACAUCGUCAUACAUCUCCUCGACACCAACGACAACGCUCCCAAGUUCUCCUCCGUUUACUACAUUGCCAGAAUUCCGGAAAACUCUCCUGGCAACUCCAAUGUUGUGUCUGUGACAGCAACAGAUCCAGAUUCAGGCUUUUGGGGAGAAGUCAAGUACUCAAUCUACGGCUCAGGGGCUGACUUGUUUCUGAUUCAUUCAGCAUCAGGCAUCAUCUACACCCAGCCGUGGGCCAGCCUGGACGCGGAGGUGAAGUCCAAGUAUAAUUUCUAUGUCAAAGCCGAGGACGCAGAGGGCAAGUACAGCCUGGCCGAGGUAUUUGUGACCGUGCUGGACCUCAACGAUCACCCGCCAGAGUUCAAUGAGAACUUCCUGGAGAAGACCAUGAUCAUAGGAGCGCUGGUGAAGAUAGAGGCGCAAGAUGAUGAUGCAGAGGGGCCCAACAAUGUCAUUGAGUACUCCAUCAUGAAGACAGACCCGGAAAACAUCUUCGACAUCAACGCAGACACGGGCGAGAUCAAGCUCAAGUCCUAUAUCAAGUCUAUGGACAUUGUCCAGAACAUCACCAAACAGAAUGACUGUAUCUGGUCUGUGGUGGUCCAGGCCCAAGACAGAGGCUCACCCUCCUUCAGCACCACUACAGUGGUCAAGAUAGACAUCACAGAGGCGACUCAACUCAGGGGCCCUUUGGCAUCCUUUUUCGUGCAGAGUAGAGACAAGCCUUUGCACAUCUUAGGCAUGAUCGCUGGUGUCAUUGGUCUCAUGGUUGUGGGGACAGUCUUCAUUUCCACCAUCAUGUUCAUGCGCAACAAAAAGUCCAACAGGAUCCUGCCCCACCGCCGCAUCCGGAGGCGAAACAAACCACCCGUGACCUUCAAGUUCCCGAACCCUGUAGAGAAACUCCUAAUCCAAGAACCAGAGGUCAUGGUGGGGGUCAAUGUCAACUGUAGCAACUGUAACAUAGCGAGCGGACACCCUCUGCCUCCAAACCACAACAUGAAUGUGAUGACUGGACACCAUUGGUCUCCAAACCACAAUGUGAGCAUGGUGAGUGGACGCCAUUGGCCACCACCACCGCCCAAUGCCCCUGCCCUUCCCCACUGCUCCCUGGAGAGGCCAGGGGACAGACAGUGGGUGGUACCGACGGUAUUGGGCACAGUAGCACAGAUCAAGCCUAAGAGGAACAGGAACAGACCAGUUGACAGUGUGAACGCAGCACUGGUGUCUGAGCUCAAAAUGAGACUGGACCAGAGGAGGUUGGCAAACUGCUCUUAGGAGAGCGAGAGAGUGAGUGUGUGUCUGCUUGUGAGUAUUGGUGAGUGGGAGUCAUGAUACUCAAUGAAAGAUAUAAUUCAUACAGCAACUUUCAAAGUGCUUUACAUUGUGUGUGUAGAAGUCAACCACCAAUGUGUAGAAGUCAUCAGCAGUUGUUUUUUUACUGACAAAAACAUGUGAUCGUCUGUGCAUGUGUGUCUUUGGUUUAAAGUCUGUUCAAAUCAAAGUUUAUUGGUUGCAUACACAGACUUGCAAAUGUUAUCACAGGUGCAGCGAAAUGCUCACAUUUCUAGCUCCAACAGUGCAGUAACAUUUAGUAAUACAAUAACAAUACACACAUAAUCCAAAAUAAAACAAAACCAACAAACAAUUAGAAAGUUCAUAUUAUGGACUGGUGAAUCGCUGAUCCAUUCCUUCUGUUCUUAGUAAUUUCAGGUUCUUAUAACUUACGUGAUGAAGUCAUGAACUAGAUCUCAGGACAAGGCUGUUAUUUGGCUUCUGUCCAAGCUCCUUACAAGAGCUUUUAUGACACUUAUCCUAACUAAACGGAUCAAUGGAGAGAGGUGAACUCGUCUGAUCACCUGACAAAGAAGAUCAACAAGACAACUGCUUGGGAGUCAAGCAAAAUGCAUCUGAACACGUUAAGGCAGGCACGUUUUGGGGUAAACCAAUCACAUUGCUGAUAAUUUGUCACAUCUGCCAUGUAAGGACCCUUGAUCAAACAUGUCUAAUUUCAUCUGUUUGUGUGGUGCAUCUCUUUCCAAUUGGAUUCUCAUGUAUAGCCCCAAGACAAAAAAAAGCAUAUAUACAUAUAAGGAGUACAGAGGAAAUGUGUGGAUUUUAAAACCAAACCAAACAUAUCCCUUGUAUGUGCAUCCUCUUAUAUCUUGAGCCAGCCUUUUAAAGCAAUAAUUGCAUAUGUCCUUUAACAACUGUCUAGGG